AUGAAUGUAGAAAAUUCUUCUGAGGCAAAGCAUAUACCUACAAUGGAACCACCAAGUUACUCUGGUCCACUGCCCCAAAGUUAUCAUGGACCACCUGUCACAUCGCCUAUUUCUUUCUAUCCUGGAGAAAUGACAACAGGAGUAAUAACUACACAACCAAUUUCACAACCUACUAUUUUGGUUGGACCUUUCGGAUAUGAACCAUUUGUUAUGACGUUGAAAGAAAUGAAUUUAGAAAAUUCUUCUGAGGCAAAGCAUAUACCUACAAUGGAACCACCAAGUUACUCUGGUCCACUGCCCCAAAGUUAUCAUGGACCACCUGUCAUAUCGCCUAUUUCUUUCUAUCCUGGAGAAAUGAGAACAGACGUAAUAACUACACAACCAAUUUCACAACCUACUAUUUUGAUGCUGGCCUUGUGUUAUCAUUCCUUACUAUACAAAUGUAUGCAAAAAAGCUGUCCAUUAUUGUCCAAGCUGCAACUCAUAUCUGGGGACGCAAGAAUAGCUCAAAAACAGUGUAAAGGA